GAUGGGUAAUUUGCCGGAGGCACGAGUAACGGAAGCCCGCCCAUUCACAAACGUCGGCGUCGACUACUGCGGACCAUUCCAUAUCAAGGAGAAACGAGAUCGCAACUGCCGUCAGAUUAAAAUAUACGUGGCCAUCUUCAUAUGUUUAGCAGUUAAGGCAGUCCAUAUUGAGCUCGUGGGCGAUCUCACAAGCGAAGCUUUCAUCGCCGCUCUUCGUAGAUUUAUCGCUCGACGAGGAUUUUGCUCCACCACACACUCUGAUAACGGAACCAACUUCAUUGGUGCAAACAACGAAUUACGACAGCUUCAGGAUCUGUUGCAAUCGGACGACCACAACGAAAAAGUAAACACAUUCCUAUCCGACAAGCGAAUCGAAUGGAACUUCAUCCCCCCUCAUACUCCGCAUUUCGGUGGGCUAUGGGAAGCAGCGGUGAAGUCAUUUAAAUAUCACCUUAGACGGGUCGUCGGUAACGAGUUACUAACCUUCGAGCAAUUCAACACCCUCAUCAUUGAAAUAGAAUCAAUCCUCAAUUCACGUCCGUUAACUCCAAUAUCCACCGAUCCAGCCGAUCUCCUGGCCCUCACUCCCGGACAUUUCCUCAUUGGCGAUUCACUAACGAGUCUGCGUGAGCGAAAUUUCAGGGACAUUCCAUCCAACCGGCUCUCCAGAUGGCAACAUAUCCAGCAGCUUAAACAGCAUUUUUGGAACCGCUGGCACAAGGAAUAUUUGAACGAACUGACCAACCGUACCAAAUGGGGCAAGGGUGGACAUAGCAUCCAGGAAGGCACAAUCGUCAUCCUCAGAGAGGACAACGUCCCUUCAAUGCAGUGGCCUCUGGGUCGCGUCAUCAAGGUCUACCCAGGCUGAUGGGGUCAUCCGGACAGCUACCGUUCAGACAGCAAAGAGCAUUUUGGAUCGAGGCGUCAAAAGACUUGUCCCGCUCCCAAUUCAACCCGAUCUCGAGAAACCCGAAACACACCCAUCUAAUCCACAUACGUAACUUGAUCGGUGCCCUCUCAAC